CAGCGGGCGGCCAUGCGCUUCUGAGCCGCGCAGGAUGUUCGGGCUGGAGCAGUUCGAGCCGCAGAUGAGCAGCCGGAGCGGCGGGCAGGGGGAGCGCGGCUUCGGGCAGCCCGGACUGAGCAUGAGCGCGCACUUCAAGGCGCCGGCCUUCCCCGGCGGCGGUCCGGCGGCCGCGGUGGACCCGGCCCUGGGCGCGCUGGGCGAGCCGCCCCUCCUCGGCAUGAACAUGAGCCUGCCCGGCGACGGCUACGGCUUUCCGGGCCGCGGCCCCGCGGAGCUGCACGGCGCCGGCAUGCAGCCGCCCGUGCACGGCUUUUUCGGCGGGCAGCAGCCGCACGGCGGCCACGGCGGCGCGCACCACCCGCACCAGCACCAGCACCAACACCAGCACCAGCCGCACUUCGGCGGCAACUUCGGGCCCGACCCCGGCGCUUCUUGCGUGCACGGCGGCCGCCUCCUGGGCUACAACGGCGCGCUGGGCGGGCAGACGGCGUUCGCCGACGGCUACGAGCACAUGGCCGAGAGCCAGGGCGCCGAGGGCUUCGGACAGCAGCGGGCCGGGAACCUGCCCGAUUUCCAGCAGCACAGCGCCGGCGCCUCCGGACACGCCGUGCCGGCGCCCUGUCUGCCCCUCGACCAGUCCCCCAACCGCGCCGCCUCCUUCCACGGGCUGCCGGCGGCCGGCUCGUCCGAGCCCCACGGCCUGGAGCAGCGGCGGCUCCCCGCGCAGGACUCGCUGGAAUACAAUUACCCCGGCGACGGCCCCGCCGCGCACUUCGAGCUGCCCGUCUUCUCGCCGUCGGAGCCCGAGGGGCAGCUGCCGCACUACGGCGGCGGGCGGCAGGUGCCGGCGGGCGGCGGCUUCGCGGGGACGGCGCUGCCCCGGGCGCCGGGUAUGGCCGUGGCCAAGGCGCAGCCCCCUCCGCCGCCGCCGCCGCAGCAGCAGCAGCACGGCGUUUUCUUUGAGCGCUUCGGGGGAGCGCGGAAGAUGCCCGCCAGCCUGGAGCCGGUGGCCAGCACCAGGCACCCGCUGAUGCAGCAGCAGCAGCCGCAGCAGCCGCCGGGCUUGCUGGCCAGACAGAACUCCUGCCCGCCGGCCAUCCCUAGGCAACAGCAAACAGAAGCCAACGCUCCCAACCCCAACUUGCAGGACAAUGGGCCGAUAAUGCAGAACCAGCACGCACAGUUUGAAUACCCUAUUCACAGACUGGAGAACAGGAAUAUGCAUCCCUACGCCGACCCCGUGUUUAAUAUGCAGCACCCUCCUCCGCAACAGCCACCAAAUCAAAGACUGCAGCACUUCGAUGCCCCCUACGUGAGCGUCGCCAAGCGGCCGCGCUUCGACUUCCCCGGCAACCCCGGCGUCGAGCGCUGCGCCUCCUGGGCCGGCGGCAUGCACGGCCCGGCCAUGGAGAGCCACCUCUCCCCGACGUCUUACCCGGGGCUGCCGGGCGAUUUCACCCCGCCGGCUCCCGACGCCUUCGUAGGGCCGCUGCCGCACGGCGGCCCCGAGCACCCGGCGCUGGCGCAGCGCCAGAACGCGGCCCUGGUGAUGAAGCAGAUGGCCUCGCGCAGCCAGCAGCGCCUGCGGCCGCCCAGCCUGCAGCAGCUGGGGCACCACGGCGAGGUGGGUCCCGCCGGCUCCCUGCCGCCGCCCGGCUUCGAGCGCGAGGCCGCCGCCGCCCGCGGCUUCGACGCUCCGGCGCCGCACCUGGCGCCCGACGGCACGUGGUUCGCGGGGCCGCCGCCGCCGCCCGGGGAGCUGCUGCCUCGGCGCAUGGCGGGGCCGGGGCUGCCGGCCGAGCCGGCCCCCCACGAGCUGGGCCUGCAGCCGGGCGGCGCAGCCGUGCUCUUCCGGCCGGGCGCCGGCGCGCUGGGGCUGCAGGAGCCGCUGCGGAUGGCGGGCGAAGGCCCGGCGCAGGCCCUGCCCUCGCCCGGCGUCCACCCGCCCUUCGCGCCCGCCGUGGGCGGCCUCUCGCAGCUGCAGUCCCCCGGCGGCGGCGUGGCCCUUCCCAGCGCUCCGGCCGAGCGUCGCGGCCCCGCCGACUUCGCGGCCCAGCCCGGCUUCCCCUUCGGGGCGGCGGCGCGGCAGCCCCCGGCGCACGGCAGCGCGCCCGCCCUCAGCGCCUCGCCCGGCGCCUACCCACCGCCCCCGCCCGAGUUCCCCCCGCCGCCGCCGCCACCGCGGCCCGCGGCCAGCAAGCUGGGCGCGCUGUCGCUGGGCUCCUUCAGCAAGCCGGCCGGCAAGGACAACGUGUUCGGCCAGAGCUGCCUGGCCGCCCUCUCCACCGCCUGCCAGAACAUGAUCGCCAGUCUGGGCGCCCCCAACCUCAACGUCACCUUCAACAAGAAGAGCCCGGCCGAGGCCAAGCGCAAGCUGAGCCAGGCCGAGCCCGACCCGCCGCCGCCCGCCGCCCCGGACUACUUCCCGGCGGGGCCGACGGCGGGCGGGGGCGCGGGCAAGGCCGCCCCGCUGCUGCCCGCCGAGAGCAGCCUCUCGCCCGGCUUCGCGCUGGAGCCGCCGGCCGGCGGCGAGGGGAAGGCGGGCGGCGGGCGGGGGCGGGGCCGCCGGAAACGGGACAGCGGGCACGUCAGCCCCGGCACCUUCUUCGAGAAGUUCUCGGCCGCGGAGGGCGGCGGGGCGGGCGUCAGCCCGGGGCAACCGGCGCCUCCGGCCGCGGGGGGGGCCGCCGGGGGCGCGGGCGCGGAGCGCGGCGGGGGCACGCCCCACGAUAAGCCCCUGACCUCGCCCUCCUGGGGCAAGGGCGGCGAGCUGCUGCUGGGGGAGCAGCCCGACCUCAUGUCCUCGCUGGACAGCGGCAUCCAGAGCGUGACCAAGUCGGACGGCGGCUCCCCGCACGUGGACUUCGCCGACGAGGUCAGCACCAGCUACGGCAACGAAGACGAGGUGUCCUCCAGCUCCGACAACGCCGGCCCCAAACCCACGCGCAGCCCGCUGCUGGGCGGCUCGCCCAAGCUGCCCCGCGGGGAGCACGCGCUGCUCAACGGACAGAAGCCCCUGGCCCUCGGCCUCCUCAAUACAUCUACCUCGACCCCCGACAGCUACGGGCUCAGCAGCACGGCGGGCGCGCACCCUGGCACGCCGGGCAUGGAGCAGGUGCGGACCCCCACCAGCACCUCGGCCCAGGACGAGAUCCACCCUCUGGAGAUCCUGCAGGCGCAGAUCCAGCUCCAGCGGCAGCAGUUCAGCAUCUCGGAAGACCAACCCUUGGGGUUGAAGAGCAAAAAGGGGGAGUGUGCGGGGCAGAAUGGGGACAGUGACCUGGGCGGGUGUUGUUCAGAGGGUGUCAAGAACGCUAUGAGCACCAUUGACCUGGACUCCCUGAUGGCGGAGCACAACUCCACCUGGUACCUGCCCGGUGAGAAGGCCCUGAUGGAGGGGCAGGAGGAAGACAAGCCCAUGGCGCCGUGGGAGAAGCCCAAGCCCCAGAAUCCCAGCAAAGAAGCCCACGACCUUCCCCCGAGCAAGACGUCGGCCGCGGCGCAGACUGGCAGCCACUUGCAGUGCCUCUCGGUGCACUGCACGGACGACGUGGGCGAGGCGAAGGGCCGGACUGCGGUGCCGACAUGGAGGUCCCUGCACUCGGACAUCUCCAACAGAUUUGGGACUUUUGUGGCCGCCCUGACUUGAACAAAAGAAAUUAUUUUUUUUCUCUUUUUAAUUUCAAAGGGCCGCUACUGCUAGGUGGACUAUUUUUCUAGGUUGGUACCUGCUUAGUGGCAUAUGGACUGGAAAGGGUUAAUUUAAAGUAAACCUCAACUUUUUUUUAAUCUUCUGCCACAGUAUGUUACCAGUGUUAACCCUUCUGCAGUUAGCACACUUUUGCUUAAGAUUUUCCUGCUAGACCACGUUUUCCCAUUAUUCUGUAAUCUUGGCAUACAUUUAUAGAUGAAGCCUUUUCCUUUUUCAUCUCAGCGUAUGUCCAAGUCACGUAUGUCAUAAUAAGACAAAGAUGCUACUUCUCCUCCUCCUUUUCUUCAUUGCUUUUUUUUUUUCUUUUGUUUUGCUUUGCUCAAUGCUUAUUACGAUGGUUAAUCCUGAAGAACAGCAGUUCAGGAAUAAAUGCCGGUUAAAUGAAAUUGUCAUCAUUAUGUUAUGUAUUGACACCCAGCUUUUGCCAGUCACAUCCAAACCAAACGAUUAAUGCUCUUUUGAACAUUCAGGCAGCGAUCCUUUUCCUCAGAAAAUGAAGGUUUGUUAUGAAUAAUGCUCAGCCUGCGCCUCCCUCCCUCAUUUGCUCCCCAUCUCUCUGUGAGGUGAGGACAGGGGUUUGUUUGUUUGCCUUUGUGAAACACAGAUACGGAGCUCUGUCAUGACUGGGCUGGUUCAGGCAUGGCCUGGGAAGGCACACAGAUGAUUCCCUAAAUAGCUCUAACAGGAAGUUUACCUAAUAACGAAUAAUUGUUAUCUCCUCCACCAAACACCCAGGUUGCAGCAGCAUUUUCUUCCUCUGCCUCUCACUUUGAGGAGCAAGGGGUGCACAUGUUCCCAGGCAUGUUGUGUUCCUGUGGUGUUCCCAGAGCUGUCAUUUUAUUUUAUAACUGCUGGAGUAAAAAACAAUCCCCAAAGGCACUGAGCCCCUUCUGCAUUGCUCGUAGCCUGCAGAGCAGUGUCCUGGCCCAACAACUGUGCUCUGCUAUGGGGCUGGGUUACUGCAGUGCCCUCUGCUAGGUUGGGUCUGGGCCCAGCAUCCAGCUGGAGUUCCCAAAGCCACUGUGAAGCCGCACGGCAGCACAGCUCCCAUUUUUCCCCAUUAUAGCUGAAGGAAGAUGCUGUUGAUCAGAGGUGUGAUGCUCUUGUCUGUAGGAACCACCCUAGCUCUGGUGGCAGUGUGGUCACAGUAAGUGGAUGAUUGGAGACAGCCUGCACCAAGGGCCAUGUGCCCAAGGUCAGCACUUCCUGAUCGGCCAGGACCGGGACACCCCAGGUUAGACCCUUCCAAACUUAGGCUGGGCUCCAUUUUUGCCAUGCAUGUGAAGAACGCUGUUAUUAGAUGAACACAAUAAAAGGAAAACCACGCUUUCCUGGUCUCGGUAGAUAAUGCUCAUUGGAGAAGAAAGCUGGAAGCAAACCAGAUAAAAACACAAAUGACACGAUGAUCUGACACUCCUGUGGCUUUACGUAAUGCUGUCUAUUAUUUGCAUAUCCUCUGUUUACAGGGAGUGUGAGCAGUCCCACCCUUGCUCAGGCCAGCCUGGCUUCCUCUGCUCCCCAAAGCUCGGUAGCAUCGCUGGGGAGUUACGUUUUUGCUAUGAAAUAAGAGUCAGCCUCUCUAGAGUUGUUCAUUACUUCUCUCAUGAACUCACAAAACGUGUCCCUUCUCGAGGGAUGGAAUUUGAAGACUGCUUUGUAUUUUUAGAUGAUUGUGCCGGGCCUUUAAUUAUUUUGAAGUCUGGCUCUCAGUAGACAUCAGUGGGGAGGGAAUUCUGCCUACAAUGCUAAUGGCCACAGCACUGUCUGAAAUUCUCACUCUUGAUCAUUUAUGGCUUCAGAAUGAUUCACAGUGUUUUGGAAGGCAGGAUUUCUUGUUAUUUGAAUGUGCUCUUAUUAACCAUGCAUGGAUUGAUUUCCCAUUAUGGCUGUGGUCAGUGACUUGACUUUGGGAAAAAUGGAGGGUUUGGGGCCUUGAUUUUUAAUAUUACUUUACUUUUCAUUGAAGCUGGAGCUGUCACUAGGGUGGGGAUUUUUGCCUAUGCUGAAGCAAUUCACUGGAACCACCUCACACACUUGGUUUGGAAGCAAAACAUGCCACGUUUUGUACCUUUUUAGGUGUGUGCUACUGAAAGUUUGGAGCUUUUCCCUGGACCUGCAAUAAAAUGUCUCCAGGUUGAAUAACAAUUAUCGUUGGCCACUCUGGAAGACCUUUCUUUGCCUGUGAUUUGUUAAGUCCCAGUUCACUAAAAUACGUGUUCAACUUUAAAUGCAGUCUAGCAAAUCACUUAAGGAUAUGCUGAACUGAGUGGGACUUCUGUAUCCAGUGAAGCGUGGAAGAGUGUUUCGGUGGAUUAGGGCCUCAGUUCUCAUCUUUUCAUUUCAGCUUAUACUUGUUCAAGCUAGGUGUGUCUUGGAGUAAACCCAGCAAAGCACAUGCCUGGACAUAUGAUACUGUCUUUCAGCACUUACAGCUAAAAAUUUAGGAAGAGUUCAUGGUCUGAUGGCAUUCCUGUACCAUCGCUCAGGCCUGAUGGCUUGCUUCUUUGUUUUUAGUUUUUCCUGCUGCAUUCAGGAGAACAGGUUUUUCAGGCUUCCUCAGGUCAGGGAUGCACACCCUGUGCUACCAGGAAGAGACCUUUCGAUGAAUGCUGGAUCAAACGCUUCAAAUCUCUUUUAAAGAGAAAUCCUCCUGUAAGUAGAAAUGCAUUGAUUCCAUUGGUCUUCAGCAUCCUUCCUUUCUGGUUUGCUCUCUGCAGCUCUGUUUCUAUCCUGGAGUUGUUCUCAUUCCUUGAGGACUUAUUUUUCCACUUGGUUAUAGGAGUACAAAUUGGAAACAAGCCCAUAAAAACAGCAGAAUUCUGAGGGUUUUAAAUCAUAAGAGAUGAAGAGAGGAUGGGGUCUCUGCACUGGGGCCGUUCUGUCAGCUGUGCAGUGGGAGCAGUGGGCAGAUAGGAUUUGCAGGUAGCGAGGCUUUAGAAAGAGUGGUCAGCCUUCCUGUGGGCCUUACUGUCCGUAUUGCUUUACUAAAGAAUACAGUUAAGUGCAGUCCUGCUGCUGACCUUCUGUACAUUCAAUCUCGCUACACUCGAGUGACAAUAGCGACUGAGCAAAAGGACGAGGUGGCAGCUCUAUACUGGGGCAGGUGGCAGCAAUGCCAGUGCUGGUGUGCAUUUCUAUGGUUUUCUUUUUGCCAAAGAUCAGAACAGAAUCGGUACAUAUGCUGGCCAAGACAAGGAUAAUUUCAUGCCCACAGCCUGGUGUGUUUGGUACAGACAGCACGUGCCAGAGCUUUGACACAAAGCUUGCUUUGCCUGUGGUAAUUUUACUGUUCUCAUUUUCUCCAUUAAUUUAACACUGAAUGCACUCUCUUUUUUUUAAAACAUAUAGAAAAUAUCACCAUAGCUAAAAUAAUGGCCUCUUAUUUAAGAGGGCUGCUCUGAAAGUAAUGCCUCCAGUGUUAUGAUGUUGGCCUGUGCCAUCAGAGGUGGAAGUUGGUACGGCAGCAGAGGUUGGACCUUCCACAAACAUCCCGUUAAUUCUGCUGCUGUGUGACAGAUGGCAGCAGAGGGGCAGGCUGACAAAUGACGUCUGACAUGGAAGUGCAUAUGAAGAAAAGCUGUGGAAUGGAAUUCCUCCAUGUGGAAAAAAUGGCCCCCACUGACACUCAUUGACGCUUGCUGAACGUUUAUGGAGACCCAGCAGUGGAUAUGAGCACAGUGGGUGGUGAGUUUCGGCACAGCAGCAAUGGGUCACUCCUGCUGGCAAUGAGAUGUUGAUGAGCGUGGCAUGCAGAUUCUUGUUCGUCACUGGCAAAUAUGCACUGCUAAUGGUGGUGCCCCUGUCGAAAAAAUAGUAUCUUGAAGUUGAGAAUUUGCUCCAUCAGAUAGUGCAUCUGUCUCUUUGUAUCUGUUGUAGUUUCCAUGGGAAUAAGUAGGAGGCAUUACUUUCAGAGCAGCCUUUGUAUUCUGAAAAACCUUUUCUGCCUUGCCCAGCAUCUUCACUUCUCACACAGCCCCAUGCUGUAGGAGCUGCUUGAGUUGGGAGGUUGGCAGCUGCCCAUCAUCUGGUUCUUGGCCUUGGAGGCUCCAUUUCCUCCUGGCCCCGUCUGCUGGUCCUUCUUGGUGUAUGUUAAAAGAAAAUCUGUACUUUAACUUAAAGCGUGGUAGCAAACUGAGAAAUAGAUGUUUUGCAUUUUAACUGGGAGGAGUGAUGUCUUUUGGCCAAGAAAAAAGGAUGGAAUAGGCUCUAUUUAUGAAACACUCCUGAGAAUUUUCUCCAGGGUUUUUUUUUCAUGGGGUUCAUAAGUUCUCUGCUGUUCUGGUUCAGCUGUUAGAGCCUCAGUGAGGGAGGGCCUCGGCUCAUUUUUAUUUAGUUACAGGGAACUUCAUCAAAAAGGUAAGGUGUGUUUGGGUGGGAAGAAAUGAGCAUCGAAGCCAUCAGGUCCGUUUUGAGGACCCUUUCUUGGAUACUGCUUUCAGGCAUCGUCAACCUGAGGCUGGUUGGCCCUUCCAGUGCAGGAGAUCAGUCCCACAGCUUCCAGGCACCACCAGCAAGGCCAAAUGUUGGCAUGUCCCUUAAAGAAGGACAUGCCACCCUACAGGUCACAUAGGACAGGGCUCCUACAGGUCAUGGGAGGCUGAAACGUGGUGCGUUGGCUCUGCUGUUGGGAAGGAGAGAGGAGGUGGGAGGCAGGUGGGGAAAGCAGACAAAAAGCCCCAGAAAGAAUGGGUACAUCUGGAGUAUUUUUUUGAAGCUGCAGUGUGAGGUUGUCUCAAAUGCUGGAUUCACAGCUGUUCGAUGGAUGGUGUAUAAGAGCAUAACCCAUUUUUAUAGGAUUGUUUCUCCUUUAUUGCUUAAGGCUAAUGGAGGAAAUAGUCUAAUUUUGUCUUAGAAAUUCUCUAUUAAAAUUGUUGGUUUGAGUCCAUCCCACUCAUAGAUUCUGACUGAUGAAACUGCAGGCUGUGAUUUCCGGCAGUUAUAACUUUAUCACUAUUCACUACCCAAGAAUAUUACAGCUUUAAAACAGCCUUAAGCAAAAGGAUGUGAUUUCUUUAAACCGAAUUUGGUUCAUGGAAAAGAAAAAAAUAAAUAAAUAAAAAUCAAAACACUGGUAAUCCGUACUGCAUAGCAAACUCUUCUGAAAGAUGUUAUUGCACAUGUAAAAUAUGGAAACUUGACUCUGCUGUGUGUUAGGCAAUCCUGUACUCUUUUUUUUCUUCUUUUUUUUUGUUUUUUGUUUUUUGUUUUGGGAUUCUUGUUAAAUUCAUUUCUUAAAUGCUUGGUUGGAAGACUGUGACAAUAGCUCAUGAAACUGAGUGUUAUUUUUUCCUUUUUUUUUAAAUAUGUAAAGUGCAGUCUUCUGUAUUCAUGCAUAUUGUACAUAACUGUAUAUGUUUUACUGAGCAACUAAAUAACAAUAAAUAUGAUGUUAAUGGUGGCUAUUGUAUA